UUAGAACUUGAACUAAACCAAUAGAACCAUCUUAGGCAUAUAGAAAUGCAACAUGCUUUUUACAAAACAAGCAGGCGUUUGGUAUAGAGUCACACACAGGACACGGCGGAGACGACCCAGAGGGAGCCUGAAAGCUGACGCAUGACUCCAGAAAUGGCACAAGACACGGGAGGCAGCUGCUGCUGAUGGAUGGAUGGACUGCUGGGGGCCCCACCACCACUCAGCACUCAGAGACCCUUCCCUCCAGUGACCCCGAAAGCCUUCAGCUGGGCCUGGCAGGCAGCUGCGACGCUGUGGCAUCACCGAGGCCUGUGUGCCCAGCCAGGUGCCCGGGGGCCCUGCUGCCUGACGGUGGGUGCACAGCUCUGGCUGUCGCAGGCUGCUGGGCACACCUGAGGCCUGCAGCUGUGCCAAGACACUUGUCACAACCUGCUGCCGUGUUAAUUUCUGUGGAGCCACCAGCACUGAGCCCUGCCGUGGGGAGCAUCUGCACCUGCUCCUGCCCCUGGUGCUCUGACACGCUGGCUGUGGCUGAACCUGGAGGGGAAAGAGAGCUCCGUGCCUAGGAAGGACUUAACGUCCUGCUCUCAUUUUCCAGAGGCCACAUGAGGACUCACAGGGCUACAACCAGUCUCCCCCAGAUUGAGAGAGUGCUGCAGUAUGCGCACUGAGUGAUGGAACCAGUAAUCCCCAGUAAGCAACAGAUCCUGAGUUAAUCAAAGAAACUAAAAUUCUGACCAUGACUCAUAAGCGGUGCCCUCUGCCUGGAUCAGGUGUGCAGUGGACGAGAACCGGCUUCCGGAACGGCAGUGGAGCAGGAUGAUCCCGAAGACCUGUUCCCCGGCAAAACAAACACAACUCAUGAGAGAGCUUUGGAAGACAACCACUUCAAGUCCCCGGACAUUUUCCCAAGGACACAGAGCAAAUCCCAAGCACAUUCUGAUAAAGGUGUGUCCUGUAAACCCUAGUGGAACAAGAAUAUGUAACUUGGAGAAAAGUCUCGAUUAAAUUUCACACUAGAAAGCAGUAGAGAACUGUCAGCACACAGGGUCAUGAGACGCUCCACAUCCCCUCCCUCUGCAGAAACGUGGACGCUGAGCUGAAACUCAGAUGCUCGAACAGUCAAACGUUUACAGCAACCAAAUGAACCUAACAUCAGAAAGGUGACUUCAAAACAGGUGAAAAGCGCCUGGGGAAAUCCAGAUGGCGGGUGAGAGGCGCAGGGCUCCGGCCCCCGCAGCAGCUCUGUAUAAUGAACUGCAGAUACAUUUUCCCAAAGCUCCAGGAAAGUGAGAAGCCUGCAGUAACAGGGUGGGCGCCGAAUAAAGAGAAAGGCGACCUAAAAGCAGAGCUCAGGCGCCCUGGCUGGCCCCUCUCUCUCACCAGCUCAGUGCAGAGCCGGCCGUGCUCCAGUGUGGGUCCGGGUCCAGGUCCCGGUUCUGGAGGCGGCAGCGGAACCUCAGGCACAUUGGGGGCGUGUGUGCCGGGCCCCGCCUGUCUGCUGGUGGCCGAGGGGCUCGCCGUCCCAGAACUCGCCCCGUGUGUACAAGGCGGCUCACCAAGCUCUGCUCCAGGAUGCCGUGGAGGUGCUGCCUGGGGCGGGGACACACAGUGCAGCGCCCGGGGCCAUGCGGAAACUGUUUCCAGGGAAGAGGGGGCAUCCGGACCAGGACCUAAAGGCACUGCGUGCAGUGCAGUGAGACAGCAGUGGUCCUGGACGCAGGACAUGCAGACACGUAACCUACGGCGAGACCCACCUGAGGAGGGGGCGGGGCCCCGGACGUGGGGAGCACGGCAGGUCGGAACAGAAGGACACCAGACAGCAACACGCGGCCACACGGCCAAAUCAAGGCCUCCGUGCAGGGACUGCACUGGGGUUCCAGCUUGUAGCUCCGCUUACUGGGACCAGUACUUACAAAUCAGCGUUUUGAGGCACACAGCCUAUGAAGACAUCAUUUGUGACCAGAACAGCAGAAGGGGGUGUGGAGGCUGGGGGGGGGGGCAAGUUUGCUCGGCCCUGAUUCACACGGGAGUGUUACAGAUGGAGGAUGGCAAAUGUGAGCUGUGCGGUGACCACAGACAACACACACAAAAGGAAAUGGGAAGAGAGUCAGAACAGUUCAUUAGAAAAGACCAACUGAACACAAAAGUAGGGACAAAAAGUUAGAAAAAUGCACAAAAAACUAAACAGGAAAAUGGCAGAAGUCAGUCCUGCCUCAAGAGUGACUGGGUGAACAGGCGUCAGCGAACUCGGACGUCUGGACGGACGUUCCCAGCAGUGCUGUCCACAGCAGCCAGAGGAGGGAGCAGCGCAAACGUCAACCAGCCGAUGAACGGAUAAACACAGCGCACGUACGAUGGAAUCUCAUUCAGCUGCACAGAGGAAUAAAGUGCUGACAUGUGGCAACAUGGACGAGCCUUGAAGACAUCGUGCUGAGUGAAAUAAGCCAGACACAAAAGGACAAGUAUGUAUGACAUGACUCGGAUGAAACAAGCAAAUUCCUGGGGACGGAGGAUUGCUGAGAGGCAACCAGGGGCUGGGUGGGUGGAAGUGAAUGGGGGGUUACUGCUUCCAGGGUGCCGAGUAUCUGGGGAGUGCAUGGUGAGGCCAGCACACCAGCACUGACUUGUACACUCAGAAGUGGUUAGAGUAGGAAAUCUGUUAUCUGCUGGUCACCCCCAUACAACACAAGCAACAACAAACCCCACGCUGGGAAACCACUUCUCACCCCAGUGUGGCUCAAGGACAGACGGACUCACAAGCAGCAGCGAGCGCACAGCGCGGAGGGGGAGCCUGUACCCUGCUGGCGGGAGCGUGAAAUGGGAAGCUGCUCUGGAAAACAGUUCGGUGGCUCCUCAAGAUGGUCCACGUGGAGCUACCGCGUGACCUGGCAAUUCCGUUCCUAGGUCUAUGUGCCCAAGAGAAAUGAGACAAAAAAACCUUCUCGGACGUUCACGGCGGCGUUACCCACACAAGCAGAGGCUGCGCCACUGGGGACGGCGUUGCCUUCGGCGGUGACUGUGGUGAUGGUGGCACAGCCCUGUGACGAUGCUGGACACCGCUGAAUCCUGCACUUCAAAUGCAUGAUUUUUCUGCUAUGUGAAUAUAUCUCUAUAAAGCUCUUUGCUGAAAGAAAUAGUGAGUACACACACGCAGAGGCUCACUGGAAUUACAAGGACUUGAAAAUGCCAAACGGCCCCUCUCCCGUGGCCUUUUUGUUUACACCUGAUGGUUCAGGCGUGAGCUGGUAUUCGAGUGCCGAGGAAGAGGCAGCCGACUGAAGACAACUGUGGACCUUUCCGAGCAUUUUCACUGAGCGCCAGCAGCUCCCCUCCUGGCGGGGGCCUGGGAGAGCCCCCAGAAGUUGUGAGAGGCGAGCAGAAGCACGCGGCAGGGGCCCGAGGGGCCUUCAGGCCUCACCUGCUGGGAGCCCCAGCGCGGAAGGGGCACCAGGGCCGCCUGCGCUCAACAGCUGGAGGCACCUUGGCCGCCUUCGUGACGCACGACACAGGGAGGGGAGGUGGCGGCUUUAGGGGCGGCACUCUGGGCUGUGACCUGGGCCUACGCAGUCCCAUUUCCCGACUUCUAAGAAGAAAGAAAGGGCGGGUUGUGGCACGAGAGAAGGGGCCGGAAGGUGAGGGCGACACGGCUCGACAGGGCCCAUGCCUGGCCCCGGGACCUGCAGACCCAGGGGACGUCAGACAUGGUGUCCUGCCCGGGGGCUGUGCAGCAAACGGCCCCUUCCGCUGCUGGGGCUGAACCGUGACCUGCUGCACAUUUAUCUGGACAACAGAAGACGGAGUUUAGGAAACAGCAGACGCGUGAGCUCGCCGGGUGGGCGCCAGGAGGCUGCAGGGAGUGAAGGCGCAGUUAACCCAGCGUGAGGUGCCCUCCCCUUGUGUGUGCUGUAAGCGUCCACCGGGGGCUGCCCCUCUGCUGGGCUCACUGGCUGGAACUCCUUGAGCUCGGGGUUGCAGGUUCCCGUGAGGCUUCGCGCUUGCUCCUCCCAGACGCCCGGGCGCACUGUGGCUCCAGCUCGACUUGCAAGUAGUAUAAACUCAGAACGAGUGCAGGGGCUGGCCAGUGAGUUUCUGAACGAUCCACCCGGAGCCACCGUCAGGAACGGCGGCACUGCACGCUGCCACUCAGCAGAGGGGCUUUUCCGACUUUCCCUCGCCCGUGAGGACUGCCCUCUGCGCCCGGCUCCUUGGUGGGGCCUCCAUUUGGCUGUCGUCGUCUGUGCCCAGUCCCAGGCCCCUGGGUCCACACCCCCUGGGGCCUCCUGCCUUGAGCCUUUGCUGGUGCCUGGCUCCUCGCCUCACGUCCCUGCACGUUUACCUAGGGUUUUACGUUUUAUCUGGCGUUAUUUUUUUUAACCUGACUUUUUUGGAUAUUCUGUUGACACAGGGUUUCAGGAAAUGCCGUCUGCCAUACUGCCAAAGUCAGACAUCCCUAUUCAAGAGAUCAUUUUAAACAUAUUUCUAAAAAUCGUAUUAGAAAAGGCAAAACCCAACCUUUUUUGGUUUUUGCUAUGUCUCCAUUUUAAAAGCAAGCUUUCCCCCCAGAGAGCACCUGUCUGCGUUCCUGGAUCAGGGAGGGCUCCUGUCACCCCCAGGAAUCGCACCUGCUGCUGCCGGCAGUGGGUCCUGGGCCACCUGGGGCAGGACGGCCUCUGGCUGCUGCUGGUGUUUGAGCUUCAGGAGCUGCGGCACGUGCAGGGGCUGAGGGACCAUGGUCUGUCCUCCUGGGACCACAGGAAAGAAGCAGGACAUGGGACACGUUGAGCACAUGCCAAGACUUGGCACCGCAGGCACGUUUCACGCUCAGCUCAUUGGCAAGCUGCUCGGGAGAGCCAACUUCAGGGCGACUACAGCAUUGAAAUGAGAACCACACCCGCCCUCCAUUUCCCGCUAGUCAUUUAUCAUUAGCAUUUCACUGAUGAGUUUGGCAUCUCUGCACCCCUUAUUCAGAGAAUGAGUAACAGGAACAAUGUCCUAAUUAGGCUCCCUUCAAAAAAAAAGCCAGCCAACAGGAGCACAGCUCAACAGCUCAUUGGCAGAAAACGUCAGCCAGGUUUCUUGCAAAUAGUCCAAAUGAUUUGUUUUGAGUUUCCCCAGCACCUGCUGCUUUCGGGGGCGGCCCUGUGGCACUGCUGACCCUGCCACGCUGACCGGCAGGGUCAAGACCCCUGCACGCGAGACAGCAGCAGGGAUGGAGACCACCGGGGGCCCCGCCAGAGGGCCCGGGGCCGACAUGUGCCCGGGAGCUGUGAGCUGGGGGCAGACACGCACCUGGGCGACAAGAAACAAGUCCCAGGCGCCCGCCAAGGUCCCACGGAUCCCUCCUCCCUCGGGCAGGAGACUUACGGGCAGGGUCCUGAGGCUGACCGCGGUGCCAGUGAGCAGGGCCCGGGCCCGGGGGCCUGACCAUGGAGGGCUGGGGGUGGCAGCGGGGUCCCGGCUGAGCCUGCGGGGGCUGCUGGGGCAGCUGCAGUUUCUGCUUCUGAGCAGCUGCUCCUGGGGGUACAGACAGGACUCACUUGUUUUCUAUCUCGGUAAAAAAGGCACGUGUGCAAAUAUGCAACUUUGUCUUUUCUUACUCGCGCUUUUAAGGCAUGACUAACUCAUCUGCUUUAAAAAACAAAAAAAUCUGAAGAGAGAUGCCUUAGGUCGAUAUUUUUGACACGUUCAGAAUAUAUCUGCUUUCAGGAGUCACGUACCUUUUCAUACUCUUCUGUCAGUGACUAACACUGCGCACCCCAGCCCCUGCCUCUCCGCCUCCCAGGCCGUGGCUCACAGGACAGAACACAAACAACCCAAUGUGCUGACCCACCGGGGCCGCCGCGCAGACAGGCUCCUCCACGCCCGACCCCAGCCCAGGACGGAGCUGCCGACAAGGCGGGGAAGGGCAGCGAGCCAACUGCAGACGGCCUGACAGCAGCCCCAGGACCAGGAACUGACACGCGUACCCUUAAAUUCUGUAAUCAAUACAUAAGGCAGUCUUACUGCUACUAUUCAGCAAAUGGUUUUCAAAAAAAAUGUAAGGAGAAAUGCCAUUUCUAACCAAUCCCACACAGAACCUGAAACAGGAAACCAGAGCAGCUGAGCUGAGUGCGGGGCCCACUGUGCAGUCCCUGGAGAUCGGAGCGGGGGGCCCACCGCCCAGGAGGUGCCAGGAAGAGGCCCAAGAGGCCCCCUCGUGGGGGGAAGGGCGCUCAGAAGCCGUUCACGGAAGCAGCACCCGAGACGCACCUGCAGGGGUGACCCACCCCGUGGGGACCUUGUAGGGCCCCGGGCCCCGGCCUGGGUGGGGAAUGGCCGGGCCAGUCCUCCCAGGGAAGGCGUGGCUCCUGCGCUGCCCCCUGCCCACGGGUGGGCUCCGGGGGCAAGACCACCCAGGCUCCGGCCUUGAGCUUGUCUUUGUUCUUCUAUUUUUUAAACUGAAGCUGAGAAGACUGAGGGAAGGUCCCCGGUUGGAGGAGACUGAGGCGGCCUGACAGCUGUGCACAGUGUGUGUCCUGGGGCAGGGGGUGGACAUGGGCGGGAACGCGGAGAAAGGCAAACAGUCUCAGCACAGCUGGGAGCACGAAGCAAGGCUCUGUCGGCCACCACGAGGAGAGCACCACACUGUCCCGUGACUUCUGCACGUCCAAAGUCACCUCAGAAGCUGAGGCUGACGAGGCCUCCCUUUUCUCACCUCGUCACCCAGAGCCGGAGGAGUGGAAGAGGGUCGGGGCAGUGGGCACCCGAGAGUGGAGGAGAGAGCCCUGCUCCCCUGAACCCAAAGGGGUGGGGCGCUGUCAGGCCAGGGCCCCCCUGGGCAGCUACACUGCGUAAGAGCUGCAGGCAUCUUGGCCAAACUCAGGAGGAGACUUUCUGCCCAGAACAUGCCUGAAAAUACGAAUUCCUGUGGCCCGCGAGGGGCAGAUCCCUCCAGCUCGGACAUGAGGAGACCCCACGCCGCGCACCCCCCAGCUUCGGGCUGUAGAGCUGCUCCCCGCCACGCCUGCCGGCAGGGGGCCUGCCAGGAAGUCUGAAAACGGCCACAGCACCGCACUGGGUGGACCGUCCAGCCCUAGGCCCCUCGGGGAAGGCCCUGGGACUGCAGAACCCAGUGGGCUCAACAGGAUCUCCAGGCGGUGGGAGGGGGCAGCCAGCUGCCCGAUGGCGGCACUGACACACCGGAAGACCGCCCGGGCCUGCCGGGAAGUGGUGCAGAAAAGCACGUGCUGACGACCCGACCCUGGAACCAGGAGCCGCAAAGGACGGAAGGCGGCAGCCCCCCGCGGUCCCGUGGCCCAGCGGAAAGGACACUCUCCUGCCGUGGGACCAGACAGGCCACAGAGCGAUGCAGUCUCCUAACAGCGCGGUCCCCCCCAGCGCCCCCGCUGCUCCACGACUCGCCCCCUGACCCGCGGCAGCUUCCACUCGGCUUCCAUCUGCCCUGGAGACGGCUCGUGCCGGGCCCUGCGUCGGUGGCCUUUGCGUUUGAGCUACUUCCCGCCGGAGCAGCUGGAGGUGGGCGGGGGGAGUGUUCUGCUGAGAAGUUGUGUCCCUGUGACUGCACAGACAGACUGAGGAUUUUUUAACAGUCCCUCCUGUAUACUUUUUGGCAGAUUAAAUUCACCAACAGAUAGGGAAAAUUCUAGAAGGUGCAACAUAGUUCCAGCUAUAUAAAGUUGCCCUUCAAGUUGUGGUCGGGAAUGGGGCUUGAGCCGCUUGACAGUUACGUUGGUCCCUGUAAAAAAUAUAGAUCAACAGUGGAAGAGAUUUUGCUAAGCAGAGAACGGGAACAAUUUUCAGGUGUAUUUGGAUCCAUGAUUCUAACAGAACCAGCUCUGGCCCACGAGGAGGGGUAACACGUGCAAAGUCGCCUCCAUGGCGUGUGCAGCCCAGGCCGGGGGAGCCCAGGAUGACGGCCGCAUGGCCCCCAGAGGCCCCAGCAGACGCGUCCUCCCGCAAAGGCACCUGCUGUGCCCGGGGGGUGGGCCUGGCAUCCACGCUCCCUACCUGGGGCCCUGGAUGUCACGCGGGUUCUCGUCCGGGUCUGCACUGCAGUCAGGCCGGCUGAGACCCCACUGAGCUGGUGACGGAGGUGGCCGUGUGCACCCCUGCGUGGGGGCUCCGGGUGGUGGCCACAAGCCCUGGGGCCUUGGAAGGAAAACAACUGGGGUGAAUUCUGCUUUUGAGCAUUUCAAGUAGACAUGAGACCUCUCUUUAAUAAUCUGUCCUUUUCCCUUCUGAUCCCACCUGGAGCACAGACCACUCCUGACCCACUGGCGUGAAGAGGCCCCAGCCAGGCCCGGGGUGACCACGGCUGGUUCAGAGGCUGGAGGGUGGCAGCCGGGGCUCUGGGCACCGUGGUCACGACGACACUGGCACUCACAGAAGCUGGAAACCAGAUGAAGGGCCGGGCAGCUCCGCGCGUCACAGUGCGCUCGUCUGUCCAGUGGCACCCGCAGGGAGCCUCGUCCCAGACACGCUUCCAGCAGGGUUGCUCGGUGCCGUCACCGUGUCCUGCCCUGUCGGCCUGCUCAGGACACAGGUGAGCGCAGGGCAUGCUUCACAUCCACCACCUGGGUGUUCGUUUCCCAUCUAACUCACUUCACGUUUCCUUAAUGCCACCUACGUCUGAGGACACUCCAGGAUGUUCAAGGAUGAAUCAGACACGUCCCACGUUCGUUUGUUCGUUCAUCCAUCUGUCCGUCCAUCCGUCCGUCCACCCAUUCAAUAGCACCGAGGGCUCACAACUUGCCAGAGGCCCCCCCCCCCGCCCCCGGGCACCUGGUGAGGAGAGGGGUCUGGCACAGCGCACCAGCAGUCGGCGUGAGCACGUGAAACCUUCACAAGCGCUGGGAAAGCACAAGGGGGUGGGCGAGCUCCCCAGGGAGGUGGUUUUGACACAUGCUCUGGGCUGGGGGCUGUUAGGGAAGUCACAAGGCCGGGCAGGAGCAGCAGCGAGGGCACUGCAGGAAGGGAGCUGCGUCCGCAGGGACCUGUGGUGAGGGACAGUGCGUCCGAGGAGCCCCGGCAGCCCCUGGGAUGGAGACGGGGGAGGUGGGUGUCUGCCUCAGGUGUGGUAGGAGGGCUGUGAGCUUCCAAAAGGAAGAUGAAGAACCGUGGACAGAGAAGACAGAGGCGGGGGUCAGAGCUAGGCCCCGGUGCGGGGAUGUGGGGCAGAGCCGCCAGGCCGCAGGCCCUGGGGUGCAGGCAGCUGGGGAAGGGGGCAAAUUGUUCUACUUGGAGGAGCUGAGACUGCAUCUGCACAAGAAGGCCUGGGGGGUCUCAUUUCCCUGCAUGAGGAGCUGACUGACAAGGACGCCGACGCCAGUUCUCCCACCAAAAGGGCACGGCUGCGAGUGAGGACGUUACAUUUAGUUUUCCUCCAGAGGCACUAAAGCUGCAACAUAAACUGUCAACCUCACAGUUUUUCUUCUCCACCCACACGAAGUUGCUGACAGUUCAGCUCAAGUCCAUCUACCCGCUGUCGACAGCAGAGAGGAACCACAGCCCUGUCACCACCAGCUGCGGGGCUGGGCGAGAUGCACCACGGGGCAGGAAGACGACUCGGCCCGAGCGUUCUCAGCACACAGUGACAGCGGCACACAGGGCUUGGUGCGGGCUGGGAGUGACGGGUGACCUCUCUGACAGGCACACACGUUGCACUCCCUCCCUUGCACGCUCCACUGCGCUGCUCAGGCCGUCCCAGAGCACACAGCAUCCAGCGAGACCAGGGAGUGACCGUGACGGCACAGGCCCGUGAGAAGGGAUCUGGGAGCAGCGGGAGGACUCACAAGGACAGCAGGGCUGGCAGUGGUCAUAGCUGCAUGCUGCGGGCCCAUCUGCGUCUGGGGCAGGGCCUGGCUCGGCUGGGGCUGCGGGGGCUGCUGCUGACAUGCGGUGGCGGUGGCGGCGGCUGUACCCCGGCUGCAGCGGGGCUCUCUGAUGUUCUGCCAGAGCCUAGAAGGAAAACGGCAUUUGCAGAGAGAUUAUUG